AUGCUCUGUCCUCUUCUGCUCUGGACAAAUAGCUUCAUAAUGGUGGCUGUGGAGGCUGGAGCACCUAUGAGAGUCACUCUUGUGUUGCUCUGGCUUGAGAUUUUUCUGUCCCUCUUCAGUCUCUCCCAGUCUGGGCCCACCCAAUACUUGAGUUCCCCAGAAGUGGUGAUCCCCUUGAAGAUGACCAGUAAGUCCAGGGGUGCAAAGAUUCCAGGAUGGCUUUCCUACAGCCUGCUGUUUGGGGGCCAGAGGCACAUUGUCCACAUAAGGGUCAAGAAGCUAUUGCUUUCCACACACCUCCCUGUGCUCACCUACACAGAGCAGCAUGCCCUCCUGGAGGAUUACCCCUUCAUCCCUGGUGACUGUUACUAUCAUGGUUAUGUGGAUGGGGCCCCCAAGUCUUUGGCUGUUUUCAGCACCUGUUUUGGGGGUUUUCGGGGAGUGUUACAAAUAAAUGGCCUCAUUUAUGAAAUUGAGCCCAUCAGGCACUCCACCACAUUCGAACACUUGGUUUAUAGAUUAAAUGACAACGAGACAGAAUUCCCACACGUAAGAUGUGGUGUAACAGAGAAGGAAAUAGCAUACCAACAAUUGGAAUUUGAAGUGGCUAAGAACUCAGCUCUGAAAGAAAACUCCUCUGGUGACUGGUGGACCCACACUUGGUUUCUGGAGCUGGUUGUAGUGAUAGACCGAUUUUUCACUUAUUCACAAAGCAACUCAUCAAAGGUGCAAGAGGAUGUAUUUCUUGUUGUUAAUAUAGUGGAUUCCAUGUAUAAGCAGUUGGACACCUAUGUGACUUUGAUUGGCAUUGAGAUUUGGAAUCAAGGAAAUGUUUUCCCAAUGACAAGCAUAGACCAGGUUUUACAAAAUUUUGUUCAGUGGAAACAAAUCGGUCUUUCUCAGAUACAGCAUGAUGCUGCCCAUAUUUUUAUAAAAAGCUCAGUUAUAAGUAUACUUGGUCUAGCCUACGUUUCAGGAAUAUGUCGUCCUCCUAUUGACUGUGGAGUUGAUAAUUUCCAAGAGGACCCAUGGUCUCUUUUUGCUAACACUGUGGCCCAUGAGUUAGGUCACUCUUUGGGUAUGCAGCAUGACGAGGAAUUCUGCUCCUGUGGGGAAAGAGGUUGCAUCAUGAGUGCCUUCAGAGUACCAGCAGAGAAAUUCACCAACUGCAGCCAUAAUGAUUUUAUGAAGACCACCUUAAGCCAAGGAUCUUGUCUGCACAAUCAUCCAAGGCCAGGGGAAAUCUUUCUGCUGAAGCGCUGUGGGAAUGGUGUUGUUGAAAAAGAAGAGGAGUGUGAUUGUGGAUCUAUACAGCAGUGUGAACAAGAUCCCUGUUGUCUCUUGAACUGCACUCUGAGGCCGGGGGCUGCUUGUGCUUUUGGGCUUUGUUGCAAAGACUGCAAAUUUAUGCCAUCAGGGCAACUAUGUAGACAACAGGUCAAUGAAUGUGACCUUCCAGAGUGGUGCAAUGGGACAUCCCAUCAAUGCCCAGAUGAUAGAUAUGUGCAGGAUGGGAGCCCCUGUAGUGGCAGUGCCUACUGCUAUCAAAAGCAAUGUAAUAGCCAUGACCAGCAGUGCAGGGAGAUUUUUGGCAAAGGUGCAAAGAGUGCAUCUCAGAAUUGCUAUAAAGAAAUCAACUCCCAGGGAAGCCGGUUUGGACACUGUGGUAUAAAAGGCACAGUAUACCUAAAAUGUAAUAUGUCUGAUAUCUUUUGUGGGAGAGUUCACUGUGAAAAUGUGGAAGCUAUUCCCCAUCUCCAAGAUCAUUCUGUGUUGCGGAACGCUCACAUCAAUGGUGUCACCUGCUGGAGUUUUUACCAACACUUUGGGACAGACAUAUCUGACAUUGGUGAAGUGAAAGAUGGAACCACCUGUGGAGCAGGAAAGAUCUGCAUCCACAAGAAGUGUGUCAGCCAGUCUGUCCUGUCACAAGCCUGCCUUCCUGAGACCUGCAAUAUGAAGGGGAUCUGCAAUAAUAAACAUCACUGCCACUGUGACUAUGGGUGGUCCCCACCACACUGCCUGCACAGAGGCUAUGGAGGUAGUUAUGACAGUGGCCCAACAUCUGCAAAAAGAAGAGUUUCCUUGUCACUAAUUAUGAUUCUUUUUUGGUCUAUCCUGAUUUGUCUGCUGAUUGUUGGACUUUACAUAUAUUGGCGAAUGCAUUCUGGUUCCAAGGACACUAAGUCUCACUCAUCAACUUAA